AUGGCGCAUCCCAACGGGCAACAGGCUUAUUACGGUCAGCCCGACAACCCCUCGACUUCUCGACCAUCAUCGGGUCGAUAUGACAGCUACGCACCCCAACGCAAUCCCACCCAGAGCCAGCAGCUACCCAGGCGAAUGCCAAGUUUCAACAGCGGUGACGACUCCCAUCUCUUCAAUUCCGCUCGAGCCCACAAUACGAGAGCGACCGAUGCCAACUCUCAAUACUCCGUGGGUAGUGGACAGGUGGGCGGUGAUGGACAAGGAAGCUAUAAUCCAGCACACGGGGCAUACGAGGAUGCUUUGAAUACCAACACGGGAUAUCUUGGAUAUUCGCAACCAUCCCCCGAUAUGUCGCGUAUGUCGCCGACCCGCGCAGCAUCGCAAUCCGCCGCCAUGUCGAGUUAUCAGUACCAGUAUCAACCUGCCUAUAAUCCACAACAAUAUGCUCUUCCACAAUCUCAGACCCAGCCGAACUUGAGUUAUAAUCCUUCCUCCUACACUGCUUCUAGCAGUACCUCUUACACCAAUUCUGUCCCCGGUCAUCAACCAUACAAUCCGGCGGCCUAUCAGCCGUCCGCAGUUGCUGGUCUGUCCUCUCCAACCAUCGCGCGACGGCCGAGUGAAGCUUCGCCGUAUGGACAGCCCCCUCCGACCCCACAGUCUUAUGGAUUUCCCUCCCAAGCACCACCUGUGCCUCCGCCUCGUGCGCCCGAUCAUCCUUACGGCGGUCGCUCUCCAUACGGGUCAUCGCCCGGCUUGCCGAGCCAACAGUUUACGACGGCCACCUCGCCUGCCUACCAGACAGUCGCAUCACCUACAUCAGCCUCAUACGCGACCUCGAACUCCCCAGCAGGUACUUACCUACCCCAGUCUGCCUCUCAUACCUACUUCCCCGCAACCCAUGGCUUCGGAACCGAUUCUCCAUACCCCUCCCACACCAUACCGCCAAUCAGUAACCACUUCGAUGAUCAACCACCCGCUCCCCCGGUACAUCAGCCGCAAAGUAAUGGAAUUUACAACAAGCGGCCUAGUGUAUCUCACGCUGGGCGCUCUCUUCCAAUACCUCCUCUACAGCAAGACUUGCCCAUUCUACCUCCCAGACGAACAGACACUUUAACAAGGCACCCGCAGGCGAGGCCCCUUCCAGGGCCGCCUGUUGACACCGAACCGGAUACUCGUACCAGCGAUGACAUGUUAAAGGAACUUGAAACCGCAGUGAUGGAUGCACAAACCAGCUUCGCCAGGCGCCACAGUUCACGAACGUCGCACCACAGCACCUCUUCCUCUCAUGUUCGCUUAUCCCCAGAUGAGCAACAUACCCACACCAAUGGCAACGAUGAUAGCUUUGGCCAUGAUAGUGACGCAGAGGCCGAGGCUGGUCUGGCUAUGAUGCAGGAGGCGGAGGAGCAAGAAAGAGCACGGGAGGAGCACCAGAGAGUACGUCUGGAGGGACGGACUCGACGUGAGACAAAUGCCUCCAUUAUGAGCUCUCGUUCGCAAGGGUCUUAUACAUCCACUAGGGGUCCUUCCCCUUACGCUGAGCAACAAGAGAACGAGUUCAUGGGCCAUGAUUUGGCAGCUUAUGAGGGUGGGUAUCAAGGGAAUAUUCAUUAUGGUGAUGAGCCGAUAUACAGUUCUGAGGAAUACUUGGAUCCUGUGAGCGGGGGUGGCUUCACAGGUCGAUCGAGCUCUUUCCGGAGCUCCAACAUGUCCGGAGAUGAAAGAGGUGACUACGAUGAAUAUGAGCAUCCUCAGAUCGCUUAUCAAUAUGCCGCUCGGAUGCACCAUCUCCCUCCCAACGCCCGAGUCGACGCCGGAGGAACAGGCGGCCUAGCCACACCGGGGGAAUACGGUCGUCGGAUGAGCUGGGAUUAUGGCGAGGAAGGAGAAGGCUACGAGCAUGAAGAGGGCCAAUCUGGCGAAGAAAGUCCCCAUCGGGCAGCACAUGAAGAUCUUUUCUUCCACCCCGGCAUGCGUCCAUUACCCCCAGCUCCUGUAGAGCCAGCUGGAAAUGCCGCUCUUCACUCGCAUCUGAUGCCAGCUGGCACGUACCGGCCACCAGAGCAGGAUGAUGCCCACUCACAGUAUAGAAACCCCCCUGUACCGGCGUCUGCGGACUCGUAUGGAGAGAACUUGCUCAAUACUCAAGUCCCGCGGUCGUCAUCUUUGUCGGCCCCGAUUGGACCUCGUGCUGAUGCUCCUAUCAGGUCAAAGACAGAUGCGGACCGAGAAAAGUACAAACAGCAGCAGGACUUUUGGCAGCUUCACAAUAAAGAUAUCCCCGAGGUUGAUGCAGCCGCAGCAGCAGCCUCUAUGGCACUUGAUCUGCCAGAUAUUCCCGCUGGCCGCCGCAAGAAGUUCAGUCCUGCUAAACUGUCAUCUGAACAUUUUAAAAAAUGUACGGAGCCAUGGGCUCUUAGUUCCAUUCUUUCUUGGAUUCGCGACUUGAGCGAGGAUGAAACCGAUCUUCGAGAACAGGCUAUCUUUGAUGCCAUUGUGGCCUUGUUUACCCACAAGGUCCCAACUAUGAAUAGUGCCGAUGCAGAAACACUUGCUGGUCGUGUGGUGAACAGUAUGCUUGGGGAAGGAGCCCUAGUUAAAGAGGAGGAAUGGGUCAAGUUCGGCAGGGGGGGCCUCUCUGGUGUGCUUUUCCAGAUCACUGGCACUGGCUGCUACUCGCCCAAGCUUCAUGAGCAAGAGUUGCAUAUUCAGGAUACCGAUUCCUUUGGAAGAUGCUAUUCGCAUCACUGCAUGAGGACGUUGAAAAAAGUCAAUUUGAAGGCGCAAAUGAUGGCACCGCAAAAGAAGAUAGAGGACUGGGUGACUUUCUAUAAGGUCCCGAAGGAAACAUGGGAGUCAUACCCGAGAAAAGAAAUCGAUCGACAGAACAACUUGCACGAGAUUGUGACGACCGAGGAUGCCUACAUUGGUCAGUUAGAUGUUCUACGGGAGCUCUAUCGUGACCAAUUAGCCAAUAUGAACCCUCCCAUCAUCGCCCCCAAACGCCUGCCCAAGUUUCUGUCUGAUGUAUUCGGCAAAGUCGACGCAGUCAAAAAGGUCAACGAAGAUUUCUUGCUUGCGCAGCUCAAGUAUCGUCAAAAAGAACAGGGUCCAUUUAUCGCGGGAUUUAGCGAUAUUUUCCGUGAAUGGAUUCGCAAAGCCAAGAAUGUUUAUAUUGAAUACGCCGCUACGUUCCCGACUGCGAACUACUAUGUGCGCAAGGAAGCUGAGCGCAACGUCCAUUUCAAGCAGUUCCUCAACCAGGUUCGCGAUCAGAAGCAGUCCAAUCGACUCAGUUGGGACACUUUCCUGAAAGCCCCAAUCACGCGAAUUCAGCGAUACACACUUUUACUUGCCACUGUGCACAAGAAUAUGGUCAAGGAUUCUGAGGAAAAAUUCAAUGUCGCACAAGCCAUCGAGGAAAUUAAGAUUGUGGCCUUGGAGUGUGACAACAAAGUUGGCGAGAUGAACAAAAAAGCUGACCUGAUUGAGCUUUCGGCCAAGCUGCAAUUGCGACCCGAGAUGAAGAAGGAAGUUGAACUCAAUCUCGAGCAUUUGGGUCGCGAAAUCAUUUUCCGCGGUGAUCUGCAACGCCCUGGAACCAGAACUAGGUUCCUUGUUGACACUCAUGCCAUUCUCUUUGAUCACUACCUUGUCCUUGCAAAGUCAUUCACCACACGAGACCCGUCUCGAACAAUAAAGUACGAACGGUAUGAUGUGUCAAAACUUCCCAUUCCCAUGGACUUGUUGGCACUGGAGACUACCAACGAUGACCCUGUGGUCAAAUCAGCCAUGCGAGGUGUGGCAAAUGUUGCACCUGCCCAGGCCGGUGUAGGCCUUGGCCACGGCGGGGCUGGGGCAGCUCUUAAUGGUCCCCCCGCAAGCCUUGACUCGAAGGAUGAUAAGAUCCUUUUCCCAUUCAAGAUCAAACAUCUUGGCAAGAAUGGCACAUAUACUCUGUACGCUUUCUCUGCUCAAAGUCGUGCUGAAUGGUGCGAGAAAAUCAUUGAAGCCAAGACAAAGCAUGCCGCGGCUUUGUUUUCGCAGAACGCUGAACCAUUCCGACUACGGGUUCUCGCGGAUACUGCAUUUGCCUACAAUGACCAGACAACUGGCUCGAAGAGUGUGACCAUCAAGGGCACACCUCUCCAUCGUGCAAUCAAGGGAGUCGAGAAACAAUAUAAGGAUUCUGGCCCUCGACCUCUUCCAAUUUGCAGAACUUCUGUUCAUUGCUCUACAGUCUUCCAACAACCACCUGGUCGAAUGAUGUGCGCGAUUGGGACGGACUAUGGAGUUUACAUGUCUGAUGUGAACAACCCUCGUGGUUGGUACAGGGCAAUUCCCAUCAUGCGUGUAACUCAAAUCGCCGUGUUUGAAGAGUUUAACUUGUUCCUCCUCAUCGCGGAUCGCUCUCUUAUUGCCUAUCAUCUUGACGUGGUUUGUCCUGCAAGUGGAAAUGCAACUCAAUCGCAAGAUUCAGCCCGACGAGCCCCGCAAAAGUUGUCUGGUAACCGAGAAGUAGGGUUCUUCGCAGCUGGACGCAUGAAGGACCGAUACUUGGUUCUAUACAAGAAGCGUGACGGACUCUCAUCCACUUUCAAGGUCCUUGAGCCCGUUAUCCAGAAGUCCUCAUCCAGCAAGAGUCGACUAUUCCAGUCGCGCCGCUCACAAACAGAGUUCUUCCGCGAAUAUGAUGAAUUCUACAUCCCCGCUGAAAGCUACGGAAUCAACAUGUUCCACUCUUCCCUCGCGAUUUCGACCCAGCGUGGCAUUGAAGUCCUUACUUUGGAUAAAAAACAAUCCUGGUCCGUCCCCGAUUUCCGCUCCGAAACUACGCCUGACGCAGUUGACACGCUGCACGGCAUUGCCCACCGCAUCAAAGACCUCCGACCACUCGGCAUGUACAGGUUGAGUGACAGCGAGUUCCUGGUUGCUUACGAGGAAUGCGCUGUGUAUGUCAACAAGCAUGGCGAUGUCUCGCGUAGCGUGGUGAUGGAAUUUGUUGGCAGUGCACACACAGCCUGUCUUCACGGAAAGUUCCUGAUCCUUUUCAAUGACGACUUUGUCGAGGUUCGGAAUGCCAUGAAUGGUCGGUUAAGACAGGUUAUUCCCGGCCAUAAUGUUGUUUGUCUGGAUGAUGGCAGCAAGUUGCCUGGUUCCUUUGGCCAGGCCAAUGCAAGUGGUAUCAGCGCCCAGACGAACUUCAAUGGUGCCAAUGGCAUUUCGACGAACCAGCACACUGUCAAGAUUUGCAUGCAACAUCCCGAAUAUGAACGCAGUCAGCUUGUCUUGGAGCUGGUCGAAAAUGAAGGGCAGAAGGAUUAG